AUGUCUCCCAAACUCAAGUGGUCGCCGUCGUCUCUCCCGUCUCUUGAUGGACGCACAUACGUCGUAACCGGCGGUAACACCGGGAUCGGGUACUGGACGGUCCAUCACCUCGCGCUGCAUGGCGCGACGGUGUACAUGACAUCGCGCUCGGCCGAGAAGGGCCAGACUGCAAUAUCGUCCCUCUCGUCAUCCAUCCAGGCAGCAAACCCCGAGAUCAAGCCGGUGAUUCAUUUGGUGGUGAUGGAUCUGAUGUCGCUUCAAUCCGUGAUCCAGGGCGCACGUAUGAUCCGGUCUCAAUGCAGCCAGCUGCACGGGAUGGUGAACUCGGCGGGCAUCAUGGCGACGCCGUUCCUGCUGAGCGACGACGGCUACGAGUCGCAGUUCCAGACCAAUUACUUGGCACACUGGCUCUUGACGUGGCAUCUCCUGCCUCUUCUCGAGUCGACCGCCAGUGCCAGUGCGCCGCUGUCCCCCGCGGGUAGCGUGCGCGUGGUCAACGUCAGUUCGACAGGACACUCGGCCGCGCCCAAGGGAGGCAUCGAUUUCGCCGACCCCUCGCUCCGGAACGCUUUCACCUUCCGCCGCUACGGGCAGAGUAAGCUGGCCAACAUCCUCCACGCCACGGCGUUGCAGGCGCGAUAUACGCCCACAACCGCCAUAGCAAGUGAGCGCACGCCCACAACCAGUCCGACUACCACUACCACUACCAUAGCCAGUGAGCGCAAUCCUUCUCCUUCGGCCGCGGCGCAAUCGCAAUCGCCAACCCCGCAGAUCUACGCGCUCUCCCUCCACCCAGGCAAUGUCGACACCCAACUCAACACCAAGAGCUGGGGAGCAUCCAUCACUCCGGUCCUCCGCUGUCUAGGCGUAUACAUCACCCCGGAACAGGGCAGCUUCAACUCCCUGUGGGCGGUGGCCAGUCCUAGCGUCACGGCGGAAAUGGAAAUGGGCGCCGGCUACUUCAUCCCGGUGGGUCGGAAGACGGCGCCGAGCAAGCUGGCCCAAGACGCGGUGCUGGCGACCCGCCUUUGGGCCUGGACUGAAGAGGAGAUGAGGCACAAGGGCUUGCUGGAGCCUCUGUAG